UUGCGUGUGUCAGCUCAAGUUGGUGAUGAAACCGGAGGAAGGCACAUCUGUGUUGGGAAUUAAUGGGCUCGGAAUACAAUGCUGAUACCGGAAUGUACAGUUCAGUUACACUCUACUACUAAGCUAGCUGGUCUUGUUCGUACAGUCCGGUCGGGUCCGUCAGUCAGACCUGCGUGUGUUGUUUUGUGUGACUGAAGGAAGUCUGAAGCAAUGAAGGUUGGGUUGGGUGUGCCUGGGCCUGCAUGCAUUAUGUUGGGUUUAUUGAUAUAACUUUGUUCAACCGACCGACUGGUGUGCCCACAAUCAACUCAUCAACAGUUGAACCCAGAGACAGAGAGAGAUUAAAGGAAGGACAGCUGCGCGCCUACAUGCCUCUCCUCUGACCAAACUAGAAGAGUUGUGCGAAACAAAAUCGUGAGCAAAAUAUCAAGACCAGCUAUUGUUUGCAUCCAUGAUUGCUUGUUGGAUGGAUUCUGCUUGUUUCCAAGCCGUCUACAUUGCACGAGCUGUACGGGGGGCGCAAUUCGAGUGGAGUGAAGAGAUGGAUCAGCCCGGCCGGCGCAUUCGCGAAGGCUACCGUUUGUCCGCUUGUCGGAGGUUCGGCCGGGCCGGGACUAGUCCAACUCCAACAGUGCAGCCCGAGUGCGGCGUGGAGUGGAGAGAGGUGGGUGAUCUCGGGUCUCGGCCGCCGAGAUCAGGAUACGGGAGGGGGGCUCCAGAGACCCGAGAUGUUCGCGACGGCGGCGCGGUGGGUGGGCAAGAAGGGGAAGCCCAAGAUGGGGCCGAUCGAGCUGACGGCGGCGCCGGAGCAGGCGCAGUCCAUCACCCGCACCAUCUUCGACGUCGUCAGGGAGCACGGCCCGCUCACCAUCACCGACGUCUGGGAGCACGUCAAGGGAGUUGGGCUGAGAGGUUUGACGAGCAAGAGGCAGAUGAAGAUCAUGCUGCGGUGGAUGAGAGAGAGGCAGAAGCUCAGGCUCAUCUGCGACCAUGACGGACCUCACAAGCAGUUCCUCUACACGACAUGGUUCACAAACCCAAAGAACGCGCCGCAGAGGCCCCAGAGGGAGCUCAAAGGGGAGCAUCCCAAGCCCUGAUCACACAUCUCCAUAUCCAGCUCCAAUCCAACCAAAUUGCUCUGUAAUUGUACAAACAUAUGCUAAUUAUCUACUUCCAGAGAGUUUCAACUUGUUUCAAUCA